ACACACACACACACACACACACGCACACGUACACACACACACACACACACACACACACACUCACCCACACAUGCACACACAAACACUUCACACUCAGCUCUUGUUGUAUACUUUGCCCUCUUGCAUUGUGUUAAGAGCUGUGUGCCACUCACUAUCAUUCCCUCUCUCACUCACUCCCUCUCUCACUCACUCUCUCUCUCCCAUCUGUAUCACCCGCCUCUUUUCUCUCAGAUCGCUUUCCCCUUGUCCUGGCCACUUACACAAAAACAAAUCCUCUGUUUCCUUUUCUUUUGUCCUCUCAGCAUCUCUCAGACAUCACUUCUGUGUUGCUGCGUACAGUACUUCUUUUGCAUGGAUGCUUUUGUUUCUGAAAUGAAACUAAAUUCUGGUGUCAUCACCGGCAUAGAGGAAACCCCUUUCUGUCCGUCCUGGAUGGAGAAUAUUUUAGCACAGAGGAUUACUGGAUUAAGAAGAGUCUUUUAACAGGGGGAAUUGAAGACCUGAGGAAGAUUGGCUCUCUGGACAACACUUCCCCUGCUGUAGAGGUCAAGGACCUGUGCAGGUAGUUUUUUUUUAAAUAAUUUUUUGUUGUCUAAUUUCAAAUUAAGUGUGGAAUGUUUCUUUAUUUCUGGCAGAAUGCCACAGAGAUUGUAAGCGUGCUUCGCUGCUCUUGAGACUUCCUCCACUGCCCGCGCAACACUGAAUCACAGAAAAAUUACCACUUAGUGCAGCAGUGGGAGACAGCGAGAGAGAGAGAGCGAGAGAGAGAGACUCCCAGCUGAAGUGAACUGUAGCUUGUCUCACUGCCUCCAAGGUAUACCAGCAGAGAUGGAGCCUCAUCACUGAUCCCUGGAAGAAUAAAGGAGGAAGAAGAGGAGGAAGAACCACAAUAAAAAGAGCUAAAAAUAAAACUGGGACAGAAUUGCAUCAAAUGGCAUACAGUAGCGGAAGGGUGAGCACGUGAGGGCUUCCAGCACUGAGUGAGCGAGGGAGAGAGAGGGGAGGUCUGAGCAGAUUGUAGGAAUGCCCUGAUGUCCUGAGGAUGAGAAAACUCCCCACUCAGUCUUGAGACCCCCCCACCCCCCACCCCCCCACACCACCCCCUUCACUUCCUGUUGCCAACGUUUGCUUGCACCAUAAAGAGCCAGAACCCGGACUUCGCCAAAGAUUCUUUCACAUCAUCCUGGACUCUCUCCAGAAGCUUCGGAACAUUCUGCAACAUUCCGACCACGUUGUUCCGCGGCUCUCUGCUGUUCUGCUGCUCUCACACACGUGGAUACGGAAGGAAGUGGCGCCACUUUGCGAUGCUGAGAACUUGCUUUUGACUUUUUCUUCUUCCAUUUUUUUAUUUGUCGGGCUGCAGGGACAAUACUGAUACAGCAAUUUAAAAAAAAAACAGUUUUGACAUCGUCUGCCGGAGGAACGCCACCCGCGAGCAGGCAUGCAGGUCUCCAUCGCCUGCACCGACCACAACCUGAAGGGUCGCAAUGGUGACCACAGCAAGCAGAACACCACCAGCCCCAAUGUGGUCAAUGCCGCCAGAGCCAAGUUCCGCACAGUGGCCAUCAUCGCGCGGAGUUUCGGCUCCUUCACCCCGCGACACCACAUCUCCCUCAAAGAGUCCACAGGAAAACUGACCGGCAUGAAGUAUCGGAACCUUGGGAAAUCAGGACUGCGGGUGUCAUGUUUGGGCCUUGGAACUUGGGUCACUUUUGGAGGCCAGGUUACAGAUGAGGUUGCCGAGCAGCUCAUGACCAUUGCCUACGAGAGCGGAGUGAACCUCUUCGACACCGCCGAGGUGUACGCUGCCGGGAAAGCCGAAAUCAUACUGGGAAACAUCAUCAAGAAGAAAUGCUGGAGGCGUUCCAGUUUGGUCAUCACCACAAAGCUCUACUGGGGUGGAAAAGCGGAAACAGAGAGAGGCCUCUCCAGGAAGCACAUUAUAGAAGGACUGAAGGGGUCCCUCCAGAGGAUGCAACUUGAAUAUGUCGAUGUGGUCUUUGCCAACCGUCCCGACAGCAACACACCCAUGGAGGAGAUUGUGAGGGCGAUGACAUACGUGAUAAACCAGGGCAUGGCCAUGUACUGGGGUACAUCUCGCUGGAGUGCUAUGGAGAUCAUGGAAGCAUACUCUGUGGCCCGGCAGUUUAACAUGAUUCCGCCAGUGUGUGAGCAGGCUGAGUAUCACCUCUUCCAGAGAGAGAAGGUGGAGGUGCAACUUCCAGAGCUCUACCACAAGAUAGGUGUGGGUGCUAUGACCUGGUCGCCACUGGCUUGUGGUAUCAUCACUGGGAAGUACGAAAACGGAAUCCCAGAAACCUCCAGGGCCUCCAUGAAGUCAUACCAGUGGCUUAAGGAGAAAAUUGUGAGCGAGGACGGCAGGAAGCAGCAGGCCAAGCUGAAGGAGCUGGGUCACAUCGCUGAGAAGCUUGGCUGCACCCUCCCUCAGCUGGCCGUGGCCUGGUGCCUCCGUAAUGAAGGUGUGAGCUCUGUGCUCCUUGGAACCUCAAACCCAGAACAGCUGACAGAGAACCUGGGCGCCAUACAGGUACUGCCAAAGAUGACAUCCCACAUAGUAUCGGAUAUUGAUCACAUACUGGGAAACAGACCCUACAGUAAGAAAGACUACCGCUCAUAAGCUUGGAGCCUUUCGUGCUACUUGCCUGAGAAGGAAAGAAACUUCUGGAACAGCCCUGUGGUACUUGUUCCAUGCACCUACCUAUCUGCAGUUCUGCUCAAGACUGAAAUAUCCAGUAUAACAACCUGAGCUCUAUUCAAAUAAGUGCAUGCCUCCACUGGGAAUGAUAUGUGCCUAAAGAUUACUAAAGCACAUAAAAUGGAGAAACAACAGAAAACGUAUGAGGAUAUGAAAAAAAUCCAGCCAGGAUAUUCCUGUAUUUUGACAGUAUAUUACCUCCUUAAGCCACCUCCAAUUCCACCAACAAGCGUUUGGGACCCAUACUUGAUCUUCUAGAAGAGAAAUUCAUUUUUCAGAGCAUUAGAUGACAGUGUGGGUGUAAAAGCAAAAGUGACAUGCUGCCCUCUUCAGUCCAGAGAAGGAACUUCCCAAAAUGCGCAGAGUAGGGACACACAAAGAAAACCCUGCCUCUACCCUUGCCUGUGUAUCGAUCUUGCAUUGUCAACUGCUGAUGUAAUGAUGAGAAUGUACUAGCAGCUACAUGAGAAUCCUGAAGACUAAGGGUUCGUUACUAUAUCGCUUGCUUACCAAGGGGGUGGAUAGGUACAACUGACACAUUAAAAAACAUACUCUACAGUAAGUAUAAAUAACAGUAAACCACUUCAGAGUAAACCAUAUAAAGUAAUUUAAAUAGAUCAACCCCCUCCACGCAAAUAAGAUUUACAUUAUAUACAAAUUUAUGAAUACAUAUGUAAAGUGUACAGUGUAAAGGUUUCACUCCUCAGCAGCACAAAUAAGCCAUUCCUUAGUUGUCUCUAGCCCUUUCUAUUUUUCCUCAUCACCCUCAGCUUUCACGCCUUGACCAUGGCAGCCCGGACCACAAAGCACAAAUUCAGUCCAAGACUGCAAGCUGAAAACACUAAAGAGAUGGGUGACAGUGGGGUGUGGUGAAAAGUAAUAGAAUCAGUGGUGUAUUUUUUAUCGCGUUCAUUAGAUCUUGUUUGUCUGGUCCUCAAAAACACUCUUUUUAUACAUACUGAAGCUCAACAUGUUUUGAUUUUAUGUGCUCAUUAUUAGGAUCAGCGUUUCCCCAUAUUUUUGUCCUGUGGGGACUCCGUAUAUCCUAGCUUUCAUUCACUCAUAACUUAAUUAGCUAUUAGUUCAAAUGGAUAACCGAAUACCAAUCUAGAUUUUACACUAAUUGACAGUUCAUCUGUAGAUGUGUGAUUCGGGCUUUGCUUAUACUAAUAAAAAUUACAUGUAAAUGUUUUGUGGAUAUUUCCCCUCUAAUAUUUUUAGGGCCUCUGUCUCUAGGCAGAACAGUUUUUUCAGUGGUACGUCUGUAAAAACCCCGCAGAUCAGGACUGUGCAGGUGCCGACUGUGGUAAUCCUCUGGCCAAUGGGGUACCUGUGAACUGUAGCUGUGUAGUCCUCUGGCCAAUUAGGUACCUGUGAACUGGAGCUGUGUAGUCCUCUGGCCUAUCAGGUACCUGUGAACUGUAGAUGCAGUCCUUCGGCCCAGAGGCCUAGCUAUCAGUUAGCAGUGAAAAGACAUAGUCCACAGUCUUCUUACAUAAAAGAAGCACAGUAGUUUGAAACAUUCCAAAUCAAUGAAGGACACUAGAAAUGAGUCCACAGUUGGGCAAUUUAGGGCCUAAUAAAUUAAUUAGGUUACAAAAUACUCUUUAAUAGAAUAUUAAACUGUUUUGCAAUCCUUUGGAAUGCAUAAGAAUGAAAUGCCUUUCUCCUUUUUCAAAUCUCUAAAAAUCCAUAUUCAGGAAAUAUCCAGCUCGGAUCCACAUGUCCAGAUAGGUGCGAAGCUCUCAGCGUAGCACAUCCCAGAAAACCCAAUUACCUUGGUCCCAGUUGUGGUGAAAUGCAGCAUAUACUGUGUCUUCAGGACUGGCAAUGGGAAGCUGUAAAGAGUUUAAGAUUCAUACAGGUGUUGGUACUUAAAUCUCCACUGUUUACAGUGCCUUGAUUCUGCCCUGCUGGGGGUCACCAGGUCCCUCUGUGGCUCGCAGCAGGGGUGUGCGGCUAUGGGCUAAGUCACCUGAACUCCCUCAGUUCAAAUGACUGUGUAAAUUACUCUUUAAAAAAAUUAUUCACAAGUAAAUAAAUUAAAUGAAUCCUCUAUGUUUUCUACAAUUUGUAAAAUUAUGUGAUGGAAAGAUAAAUGUUGACUUUCCAGGCUGUUUUAUCUCAAACAUCAGGGUCUUUUAUCAUGUCAUGUAUAAUUCUCUGCUUUUAAUUUGUAAAUAUAGGCCACAUAUUCAGCUUGACUAAAUAAAUGCAUAAUGCAGAUUAA